AUGUUUGCAAAGUUUAAGGAGAUGUUAACUACAUUGCCGGUAAAUAUUUUGUUCCAUGAUAUUUUAGAACUAAUGCCUAAAUUUUCUAAAUUUAUGAAUGCAUUACUAAAGGGAAUGAAAGAGAAAGUGGUAAAGGAAUGGUUAAACAUGACAAAGAAGGAUGAGAUGGUAAUGCCUCAAACAUUACCAACAAAGCUAAAAGACCUAGGUAAGUUUACUAUUGCUUUUAAUAUUGGUGGAGUAAAGAUCCCACAUGCCUUAUGUGAUUUAAGGUCUAGUAUAACUGUCAUGCCACUUAAUAAGGUGAAAGAAUUGAAAUUGGUUGAGAUCAUACUGAGUAAUAUGACUCUCACUUUAGCUGAUUCAUCUAUUUCUCACCCGUUUGGAGAUUCAGGAGGGUCGGUUAUUCUCGAACUCCCAUUCUUGGCAACCGGGGAAACAAGUAUAGAUGUGAAAACGGGUGAACUUAUCUUGAAUUUCAACAAAGAAAAAGUGGUUUUUAAUGUAUAUGAAUGGACACUGUAUGUGGAAGACUUGGAUACAUGCUACAUUCUGGAGGAAAAAGGUAGUAAGAUUUACAAAGGAAAAGAAAUAAGUGAAGUGACCGACGUGAGGGAAUCUCUUGCGCCUGACAUCCCUUAG